AUGCACAAUACAGUUGUAGUUGAACAGCAACACAUGCUCUACAGAGAUCGGUGGAGCAUGCGGCGUACGCUAUCUUGGGUGUGGUGUAGUGCCUGCAAUAAUGCCGGGCGGCCUCAGUGUAUCGUGGAGGAAGCCAUGACCGCGAUCACCCCAACCGGUCCAAAGGGUGGGGAACGGGGCACCAAGCAGCCGUGCGGACAGGAGCAGAGAUCGUCCACUUCUCCACCCUUCCAGGCACAAAAGGCCAGCUCUCGGCUCUCCAUCGGCAUGGACACCGUGAGACAUCAGACACGCUCUGGUACUUCCCCACUGGUCUUAGGGAUAUUUUGGGGGCAAGUUGAGAUGUUGGGUAUAAACUGCAGGAUUAUGGCAAUUUAG